CCGCCCUCGCGCCCGCCCGGCCCCGCCCCUCGCGGCGGGCGGCUGACCCGGAAGCGCCGCUCUCCCGUGGCAACGGGGCGGUGCCGCCAUGCAGAGAGAGGAGAAGCAGUUGGAGCUGACCCUGGAGGCACUCAUCAGUCAGGUGGCUGACCUGAAGAACUCCUUGGUCAGUUUCAUCUACAAGCUGGAGAAUGAGUAUGACCGACUCACAUGGCCUUCAGUUCUGGACAGCUUUGCAUUGCUCUCAGGGCAGCUGAACACCUUGAAUAAAGUGCUAAAGCAUGAGAAGACCCCACUGUUGCGAAACCAGGUUAUCAUACCCCUAGUGCUGUCUCCAGACCGCGAUGAGGAGAUCAUGCGGCAGACAGAGGGACGUGUGCCAGUGUUCAGCCAUGAGGUAGUGCCUGACCAUCUUCGAACUAAGCCUGACCCUGAGGUAGAGGAGCAGGAGAAGCAGCUGAUCACAGAUGCAGCUCGAAUUAGCCCUGAUGUGGCACAGAAACAGAUCCAAAGUCUGAACAAAAUGUGCUCAAAUCUGCUGGAGAAAAUCAGUAAGGAGGAGCGUGAAUCUGAAAGUGGAGGUUUACGACAGAACAAGCAGACUUUCAACCCUGCAGAUACCAAUGCACUGGUAGCAGCUGUGGCCUUUGGGAAAGGACUGUCAAACCGGAGACCUCCUGGCUCUGGAGGAUCUGUCCAGUCAGGCCAACCCGGAGCUGGUGCCAUCAUUGCAGGUGCUUCAGGCAUGCAGCAGGUCCCAAUGUCAGGUGCACCAGCUCAGCAGCAGCCAAUGCUGGCAGGAGUGCAGAUGGCACAAGCAGGACAGCCAGGAAAAAUGCCAAGUGGCAUAAAAACGAACAUCAAAUCUGCCUCAAUGCAUCCAUAUCAGAGAUGAGCUGAGAUGAACCAGACCCAGGGAACAGCAGUUACCAGCAUUGUUCCUGCUGCAGCCACCAUACCUGGAUUCCUUCUAGGAUUUCCGAGUCCCUUCACAUAUCCGCACACCAUAUCCAGGGAGAUAGGGGUUAUGAGGCCCUUCCCUGUGUUUUAUUUAGUGCUGGGUGGCUGUGUGGAGCUGCUAGUGGCCAUGUCUCCUGGACACAAGUACUUCUCUGUUCAGUCAGAGCAGAGGACACUGCUUCUGUUGCUGAUCCCAUCUUCUUCAGGUCUGGCCUGGAGGACAACUACCUUUUCCUGAUACAGAACCUGAAGAGCUGCAUGGAGCACUCUGCUCCUUGUUUCUGCUUGUUCACUUGGGAUGUUCUUUCUUUACUCCCUCUUGUUGAAUAAAGACCUUGCUAUGCACACUGA